UUAAAGAAGCUGCUUGAGAAAAUAUCCAAAUCUUCAAAAUGUGGUCAAAUAUCUUCUACGAGAAGGUGCAGAAGUGCAGGAGCAACUGCGAAGGGCUUGCUGCAAUAAACUAUAGACUGGAGAAACAAAUACAAUACCAUGAUACAAAGGCUACAUACCUGGCUAUGUUCUAUAUCACCUUCCAAUUUAUCCUUUUCCUCGCAAAUUCAAAGCCAUCAGAGCAUCAGUGCAAACACUGGUGGAAACUUUUCUCAGUUUCCAUCUUGAUCUCAGUUCUCUUCGGCAUCAAUUUCAUAUCCACCAUACUUAAAUGUGUACGUAUAAGAAAGGCACAAGAUAUGAACUGGCUGUACCAAUCAGAGAACUACCGUCAAAUGGGACGUCUUGAAAGGCACAAGGAGAGCUAUCAUAGCAACAUCCAACUCAGACCUGAAGCCAUGACAAGUGCAGAACAGGAGAAGACAUAUUACCAAAUGCUAGGUAUUGGGAGACAGACACUACAUACAAAUGAAGAAAACAGAGAGAGUGCAGCGACCACAGUUGAAGGUUUUCAACCGACAUCUGCACAUCAGAGGAAUCUAGAUACAUUUACUGUGUAUCAACGUUAUGCGCAUGUUGGAGUAACAGUUUCCCUCUUGCUAGCCUACACAGUUCUCGUGCUACAUGCUUGUCGCUCUUCUCUUUGCAAUGGAAAGGCAUAGAGUACAGAACAGAUGGGAGAAUCAAAAAUAAAAAACUGCAGGUGGGAUAGCAGUCUAAAACUUAAUAACUUUGUGCUCCAUUUUGUAAAUACUUGUUAAACUUGUAUCAUACUUCUAUAUUGAGUUAGAGAGAGAGAGAGAGAGGGAGUUCAGUAUGCAACAUAUCAAUCUGUAGGUAUCAAUCCAUCCAUUCCAGACUUCUAUAUUCUGUAAAGAUUAUAUUUCUUAAUGUCUUACUUGGUGCUGCAUAUUUCCUUGCCUCUGGUAGGACAAGAAUGUA